GCAACUCAAUUCCCUAGUAGCGAUCGGUUGAAGUGGUUCACCAUUCGAAAGCGCUCUCUUAUCUUCGUUAGUCUGUGAGCCAGUGGUGAAAAGAGUGUUUUUUUUUCAAUUAGUGUGAAUAACUUUAGUUUGAAUUUGGCAGACGUGACCUUUACUGAUCACAAUGGUGCUGGAUCUAAAUUUCUCCCGUUACGAUAACACCACUCCGUUCGGUUUCAAGCUGGUCGGUGGAGCCGAUUUCGACGUUCCACUGACGGUCGUUAAAAUCCUACCCGGAAGCAUUGCCGAAGCCGUUGGCAUGCGUAUCGGGGACGUUGUGAUGCGUAUCAAUGACAUACCGACGGGCAACAUGUCCUACUACGACGCGCACCAGCUGUUGGCCUGCGCCGGCAACCAAUUCGUGCUCGGCAUCUUAAGGGCACGUGAGGUAUCGUCGUCUCAGCGAUUGAUCAAGGAGAAGACCCCGACGGGUGAGGUGGAGUACAUCAAUACCUCGCCGAAACCGUUCUGGACGCCGAACGCACCGUUGUUGGGCCAAUCGCAGGAGGAGCGCGAGAUCGACGAGCAGAUCCCCGACGUACCGAUAACCGACGAGCAGAUUGCCGAAAUUCUGUCGGGUGAAGCCGAAGUGCUGAAGCAGCACAACAUUAUCGGAGUGAACUUCAACAAAAUGAUCCCAACGUCGGGAGUUUUCAAGCAGAGCGAAGUCUUCAAAACGCUCAACAGCGAGCUGGUUCAGACCGACGAGGAGGACAAGAAGUGGACCACCUUCCUGCAGAAGCCACAGCGCCCGGCACCGAAGACGCCGGACGAGAAGCAUCUCGAACGGAACCCGCCGACCGAGCGCUACCAGGUACGAAUCGUAAAGCAACCGAAACCGAAAAUUGCUCCAGACUACAAGCCACCCCAAUCGCCGGAACCCGAACCGGAACCGGAACCGAUACCGAUGUACGACGAGUAUCUGUACGAACGCCAGGAGGUCGAAGUCGAGACGAUCAAGACGUUCGUCGAAGAAACGAUCGUUCUGGGUGAACCGAAAACAGGUAACCUCGAUAACCCCGGUUCCAGCCCUUCCCUCUACUACGUCUGCUCCGAUGGUGUCCACUGUGGUGAAGAAGACGAGAAUGCUAACGCCACUUCCAAUCCAGGUGACGGAGAGCCCACCUCCGCAAGCCCCAGCGAAGAAGAACCGUCGGAAGAGUUCCGCGAGCAGCUACAGAAUGUGCAAAAACAACUGGAGGCGCUGUCUGCGCUCCCGAACACGAUUCAGGCUACGAUAGCCGCGCUGACCGAACAGCUGGCCAUGCUGGCCACUCCGAAAAGGAAGUCCAAGUCCAUUUCACCUCGCCCGGAAGAAGCAGAGCCAACAGCGGCCGAUGAUGGCGAGCAGUCGGCGGAGGCCAUAGUGCCCGAAGUGUCCGAAACGUUCGAGGUGACCGAGUUCACCAGGGCGGACAGCAGCAACGCUGAGCAGUCCUCAUCGGUCGACGAAGGCGAGCACAUCCAGUAUACGGCGGAAGAGCUUGAGCAGCUACAGAAAAGGAUGAAGGAACACGAUAUCGAGUGGACCAAUAACAACGAUAAGGAUUCUGAUAGCUCCAGCCAGAACCAUCCGAGCGGAGACAUUAGAACCGCUGUUCAAGACGAGCUAAAGCUGCAAGUGGUGAAAAAGAAGAAGAAGGCCACGAGUGCCUUCGGCCCAUUGACACCGCAGGAGCGGCCCAUCUACUUGCCCGGAGGGCGCAAAUGGCGCACGGCCAAGGAUGCGUUUAACGAGCAGUUCAUUGCCGAAGUGAUCAGCUCUCAGGCGGAAUUGAUCCAAGGCACAACGUUGGGGGUGAAUUUUCUUAAGUACCAGAAACCGGAAAAAGACCUAAGCUUUAUUCGGAACAGCGACGUCUACAAGCUGGUACACGAUAUGGAUCCCCCGAAAAGCGGUAUCGAGCUGCGCCCGGAGAUGGUGGUGGCCGAAGAAGAUGUGCGAAAGGUAAUGAAGGACGAAACCAUUUUCCAGCCUCGCAAGGCGAAGGUUUUCCUCUACCAAAAUUAGUAUACCCUGAGCUUUUGGACUUUUUUUGCGAUUCCUGCGUUGCCGAUUGGUUCAAUUUCGCCUUUCUCCUCGUUUUUUCACCGGCCUUCGUUUCUUCCCUGCGACGUCGUGCAACAACUGGGACCCCUCGUCGAUAAAUUUUCCUUCGCCGUUCCGGUCGUUGUUGUCGCCCCAUCAUCAUCUAACCGGGUAUUGGCACCUCAUCAACGAUACUAAUUCCACAAAUGGCUGCAAUUCCGGGCCGGUCACUGUAGUGUGCAUCACCGUGCUGAAGAGGUUCCCAGGCCCUAGACCUUCCCGUUCCCGAUUUCCUUCUCCCAAAGAGCAAUUUCGUAUUGGUUAAGUUUCCGACGCUUCUAUGAAGGACAUUACUACUUUUCUUUACUAUUACUUCUUAAACUCAUUUGUGAGAAAGGACAAAUGCUGAGGGCACACCUAUAAUCAUUUAACAGUUUGCGAGUUAUACGCUUCUGCUCAUCCGGCUAUCAAGAUCAUAAGUUUUCUCUGUUUUCAUCGUCUUUUGUUACUGUAUCGAUCAUCGCUUAGUUAUCCUUCGUUAGCGAGUAACUAUAAUAGACUGGUACUGUUGUGUAAAUAAGUGAAAUAAAAAUAAAACUACGGA